CCGGACGGCGGACGGCAGGCCUCGCGCGGACCGGCAGCAUGCUGCAGUCCCUCACCAGCAGCUCGUGCGUCCGCCUGAUCCGGAGCAACAGAUCAGCCUGGUACUUCUGCUUCCUGCUGCUGGGCUACGUGCUCUACCUGCUCUUCGGAGCGGUGGUCUUCUCCUCCGUCGAGCUGCCCUACGAGGACCUCCUGCGCCAGGAGCUGCGCAGCAUCAAGCGCCAGUUCCUCCAGGAGAACGAGUGUCUGUCCGAGGAGAAGCUCGAGCUCUUCCUGUCCAAAGCGCUCGACGCCAGUAACUACGGAGUGUCCAUUCUCAACAACGCCUCGGCCAACUGGAACUGGGACUUCACCUCCUCGCUCUUCUUCGCCAGCACCGUGCUGUCCACCACAGGCUAUGGUCACACUGCCCCUCUCUCCGAUGGCGGGAAGGCCUUCUGUAUCAUCUACUCGGUGAUCGGCAUCCCCUUCACCCUCCUCUUCCUCACGGCCGUGGUGCAAAGGAUCAUGGUCUUCAGCACACGGAGGCCCAUCAUGUACGUGCACACUCGCUGGGGUCUGUCCAAGCCCCUCGUGGCUUUGGUGCACGCCAACCUGCUGGCCAUCGUUGCCGUGUCCUGCUUCUUCCUCAUCCCUGCUGCCAUCUUCUCAGCUCUGGAGGAGGACUGGAACUUCCUGGAGUCCUUCUACUUCUGCUUCAUCUCACUCUCCACCAUCGGCCUGGGAGACUACGUGCCGGGAGAGGCGUUCAACCAGCGAUUCCGGGAGCUCUACAAGCUGGGCAUCACUGUCUAUCUCCUGUUGGGCCUCAUUGCCAUGCUGGUGGUGCUGGAGACCUUCUGUGAGCUGCAGCAGCUGAAACAACUGAGGAAGAUGUUCUACCUGAAGAAGGAGAAGCCUCAAGACCAGCUGGCCAUCAUGGAGCACGACCAUCUGGCCUUCUCCUCGGUAGACAACGUCACGUCACCCCCGGAGGAGAAGGCCGAGCCCUUUGUCGACGUUCCUGUCCUCACCUCUCCUGGUGGAGAUGACCAUAUGAUUAGAUAAGCAGUUUGGUCCAUCAUCAGUGUGUCCGUCACGGCACAAGGGUUCUUCAACGUCUAGCUCUUUAGUUUGCAGUAUGCUGGCUGGUAGCUCAUCACAACCUCGUGAUAGAUAUUAGCGUUAAGUACGUUCAACAUUCCGCAGUGUUCUUCACCUCAAACCUGCACUUUAAAAAAAAAAAGCACAAUUAACAUUCAGCAUAGCCUGAAACGGGUCCAGUCGU